UUCAGUGUGUGGAUCUUGAGCUCUGAGUUAUACUAAUAAUUACUAGGGUAGAUAUAUUGAUUGCAAUUUUCUCUGUUGCUAGCUUAGUGUUUGCUAAAUAGCAAUGUUGUUGACUGGACGAGAUCUUUGCAAUGUUUUUCUUGCGGGUGUUUUCUUGUUAUUGCUUAGUUGUAGAGUCAUUUCUGGUGUCGAGAGUGAUAUCAACUGCUUGAGAAGUAUAAAAGCAUCACUGGAGGACCCUAUGGACUUGUUAACCUCUUCAUGGGUUUUUAACAAUGAAACCGAAGGUUUCAUCUGUAACUUUCUGGGAGUCGAGUGUUGGCACCCUUAUGAGAGCAAAGUUUUAAAUAUCAAGCUUGGGGAUUUGGGACUCAAAGGCCAGUUUCCUCGCGGCGUUGUGAAUUGUACAAGCUUAACAGGCUUAGAUCUCUCGAGCAACAGCCUCAGUGGAACUAUUCCUGAUGAUAUUGAUCAAUUGAGCCAUUACCUUACGUCGCUUGAUCUCUCGUCCAACAGCUUCUCAGGGCCAAUUCCCAGGAAUAUCUCCAAUUGUACUUUUCUCAAUGUCCUUAAACUUGACAACAACAAGUUCACGGGUCAGAUUCCUGCAGAACUUGGUCAGCUCAGUAGGCUUAAAACAUUUAGCGUGGCCAACAAUCAACUGUCUGGGCCAAUCCCCGUCUUCAACCCUAAGGUCGAUGGAGCGGACAGCUAUGCAAACAAUCCUGGACUUUGUGGCGGUUCUUUGGGAGGUUGCCAGGCAGCUGCAAAGAACAAGUUGUCAAAUGAUUUAGUGAGGGUUUUCAAGUCUUACACUAUAGUCAUGUUGGGAGCACUCGGUUUUGGUAUUGGUUUUGUUUCCUCUUUUUCUUUUUUCGUCUUUCGAUAGAAAGCUUCGGAGCUAGUCCUUUAGACUUUAGAGUUCUAUUUUAUUUUUAUUUACAGUAUAUAUACAAGUCAAGAUAAAAGGGGGCUCGAACUUGAUCUAUCUGUCACUUUAAUUGAUGGGAGGUAGGUUACCUAUACGUAUUAGCUAUACGAACUCAGCCAACUUGAUUUAUAAUCAUAUCUACCAAUUUUACAAUAUUUUUAAGCAGUUGACUGAUUGGUUUUGGUCUUUUAGAGCAAGUUCACCCGUAGUCAAGAAAUGUCAAGUUACUGUUCACUACCACUAGACAUGGGUUUCCACCCGUUUUUUUUUCUUGACCAGUCAAGACUGUUCAUUUCCACUGUUCAUGGAGUGUUUUUAUUGUUCAUUGAUUUUUGUUUUUUCUGCCUUUUAAAAUUAAAAUAUAUUUGAUGAUA